UCCAUCUUCUUCUUCAUUGUAGGUUUAUGCUCAAUCAGUUGCUGCAGCACAAAGGAACAUUCAAGUAGUGUAGUGCGCUUCGAAUAUAGCUGGUAGUUUCUGAAUAGAUAAAUUUAGAUCCUUCAUCGCUUCAUAAAUUUUGCAUAAUAUUGAACUUAAGUUCACUUAAUAUCGAUAAAAAACCGUGAAAAAAUAAAACUGUGAAAGUUGUGAGACAUUUAUUAUUAAAAUUACUAUAAUGAAGCGUUCAAAACAUUGGUGGAUUCUUUUAUUGUUAUUUGUUGUAAACAUUGAUACCAGUUUUGGAGUCUCUGAAAGUAACUUAAAUGAAAAUAACUAUCAUGGAUGUCCGCAAAAAUGCUGGUGCUAUUAUACUAGUGUUAGAUGUAUGUUUCAAGGUCUAACGAAAAUACCAAAAAUACCUGCAAAUACCACAAUAUUAGACUUACGGUUUAAUGAGAUAGAUGAUCUCCCUGUGGGCGUAUUUCAUGGUCUAAAACACUUGGAUACUAUUCUCCUAAAUGACAAUAAAAUAAAACACUUAAAAAAGCAUACAUUUAGUGGAUUACGAAACUUGAAGAUACUUAAUUUACACAACAAUCAUAUCACUUUGAUAGCUCCUGGUACAUUUGCUCAUCUACCAAAUCUCAGGCAGCUUCAUCUACAUUCAAAUAAAUUGACAGAAAUUCUAGCUGGAACAUUUAAUGACUUACCAAAAUUGGAAAGAUUAUUCUUGCAAAAUAAUCAAAUUCGUAGACUACCAGCUAAUGCUUUUGAAAAUAUAGGAUUUAUGACAAGAUUGAGACUUGAUUUUAAUCCAUUAGAAUGUGAUUGUGAUCUCUUGUGGUUAGUAACAAGAUUCCAAGAAAAUCCAACUGUUGAAAUGACUGCAGUUUGUCAUUCACCUGCUGAAGUAAAGGGGAGAUCUUUGACGAGUCUUUUUAUUGAUGACUUUCAUUGUCAUAUGCCAAAAAUUAUGAAAGACCCAGAAGACAUAAAGGUAAAUGUGGGGGAUACAGCAUAUUUUACUUGUCAAGCAAGUGGAGAUCCAAAGCCAAGAAUAAAGUGGAUGAGAAAUUCUGAUACAGUAAAUGUAGAUGGCAAGAGGUAUCUCUUGAAGGAUGAUGGAACUUUAGUUAUUUUCCAAGUGAAUGAAAAUGAUAUUGGUGAAUAUGAAUGUAUAGCUGAAAGUAAAAUGGGAUAUACUAUUUCACGAAAAGCUCGAGCUAUUGUGACUGCAGCACUUCCUGCGAUUCGUUUUAUUGAAGUACCGCAAUCUCAAACAGUAAAAGUUGGAGAUACUAUAAUUUUAACAUGCCGAGCAGAUAGCAAACUGUCCGUCCAAUUAGAAUGGUGGAGAAAUGGUCAACGAAUUCAUCAAGAUUCUCGUCGAGUGUUUUUAGAAAACGAAGGAAGCAAAUUAAAGAUCCAUUCAGCCCAGCAUCAAGAUUCAGCUCGUUAUAUCUGUCAAGCACGAAACAUUAAUGGUUUUGCGGAAGUUAGUGCGGACAUAAAAGUCCUCGUAAAAGAUUCAUCAACUCCAAUACUGACAUAUAAACCUUCAAGUGAUCUAGAAGUCGAGUUAGGAGCAACAGUGGAGCUUCCGUGCAGAGCCAAAGGGGAACCUAAACCUCAGAUCCACUGGAAGAAAGAUGGAAGUGCUGUAGAAAUAUCUCCGAGGUUCAAAAUAUCACGUGGAGGUUCUUUAUAUAUUUAUAAUAUAACAAAUAGCGAUACUGGACGUUACGAGUGCAAUGCUGUAAAUGAUCAUGGGCGUGUAACAGCUCAAUGUCUUGUGCGGGUCCGUGAUAAAAUAUUUGGAUCAUUAAACAACGAUAUUAUUCAACGGGCAUUUAAUGACGCAACAAUAAAAAUUGAUAGAGCCAUUAAUCAAACACUCGUGUCUCUUUUUGGGCAAUCAGACGUUAAUGAUAAGGCUAAAAAUAACAAUCAACAUAGAACUUCACCUUCAGGACACGUAGAUCUCUUUAGACUAGCCAGAUUUCCUAACUUUCAGGCUAGAGCUGCUGCCAAACCGGCUGAAAUAUUUGAACGAACUCUUUAUAAUAUCCGACAGUAUAUUAAUCAAGGACAUUCAAUGAAUGUUUCUGGUCCUUUUAAAUAUGAAGAUAUUCUGAGUAAAGAGCAGAUUGAAGAAAUAGAGAAACUUUCUGAAUGUACAGGUCAUAGAAAAAAAUUACGCUCCUGUAGUCACAACACCUGUUUUAACAAAAGGUAUCGAAGUAUUGAUGGAAAUUGUAAUAAUCUGGAUAAUCCUAUGUGGGGUGCGUCAUAUACAGGCUUCAGAAGAAUUCUCCAACCAAUUUAUGAAAAUGGUAUUUCUCAGCCAGUUGGAUGGGAUAAGAAACGGCUUUACUAUGGAUUUCCUAAGCCACCAGCGAGAUUAGUGUCCACGAAAAUAAUUUCUACUCACAAAAUUACUCCAGAUACCAAAAUCACCCAUAUGGUGAUGCAAUGGGGUCAAUUUUUAGAUCAUGACCUAGAUCAUGCCCUUCCUGCAAUAUCUUCUGAAUCAUGGGAUGGAAUUGAUUGUAAAAAGUCCUGUGAGCAUGCUGCUCCAUGUUUUCCUAUGGAAGUUCCUAGAGGUGAUCCAAGAAUCACUAAUAGAAGAUGUAUAGAUUUUAUUAGGACAAGUGCUGUGUGCGGUUCUGGAGCAACAAGUAUACUUUGGGGUCGUGGAGUAAUGCCCAGAGAACAGAUGAAUCAAUUAACCAGUUACUUAGACGCUUCUCAAGUUUAUGGGUAUAAUGAUGAAUUAGCACUUGACUUGAGAGAUCGAGUAAAUGGACGUGAUAGAGGAUUACUUAGAGAAGGUGUUACUUUUCCUGAUAAAAAACCACUUUUACCAUAUGCUUCUGGCCAAUUUGUUGACUGUCGAAGAGAUGUUUUAGAGUCGUCAAUAAAUUGUUUUGUCGCUGGAGACAUUAGAGCAAAUGAACAGGUUGGACUCUUAGCUAUGCAUACAAUUUGGCUGAGAGAACACAAUAGACUAGCUCGAGAAUUGGCAAACAUAAAUCCUCAUUGGAAUGGAGAGAAGAUUUAUCAAGAAGCAAGAAAAAUAGUUGGCGCUGAAAUGCAACACAUUACUUAUCAUUAUUGGUUACCCACUAUUUUUGGUCAAACCAUUGAUGAACUUAUUGGACCUUAUUUAGGAUAUAACCACAAUUUAGAUGCAAGUAUUUCUAAUGUAUUUGCAACAGCAGCACUCCGGUUUGGUCAUUCAUUGAUCCAACCGCGUUUAGAACGACUUGAUGAACAAUUUAGAAGCAUUCCCCAAGGACCUUUGAAUCUACGUGAUGCUUUCUUCGCUCCUUGGAGACUUGUUGAUGAAGGUGGAGUCGAUCCUUUGAUACGUGGAAUGUUUGCAACUGCUGCAAAACUCAAACUACCUGAGGAAAAUUUGAAUACUGAGCUGACAGAACAACUCUUCAGAACAGCGCAUGCGGUAGCAUUAGAUCUAGCAUCAAUGAAUAUUCAAAGAGGUCGAGAUCAUGGCAUUCCUGGCUAUUUGGAGUGGAGAAAAUUUUGUAAUAUGAGUGUAGUAGAUAAUUUUGAUGAUCUUGUACAUGAAAUUAGUAGCGAAAAGGUAAGGAGGAAACUUAGAGAGCUCUAUGGUCAUCCUGGAAAUAUGGAUGUUUGGGUUGGUGGUAUUUUAGAAGAUCAAUUACCUGGUUCUAAGGUUGGGCCAUUAUUUAAAUGUUUACUUGUUGAACAGUUUAAAAGAACUAGAGAUGGUGAUAGAUUUUGGUACGAAAAUCCAACGACUUUUAAGCCUGAACAACUUCAGCAAAUUAAAAAAAUUACUCUUUCAAGAAUUCUGUGUGAUAAUGGAGAUAAUAUUACAGAGAUUCAACCAAAUGUAUUUUAUCUUUUUAAUAAUCCGGAAAAUAGUUUGACAUCUUGUGAUAAUAUUCCGGAAAUGAAUUUGCAAUUUUGGUCUGACUGUUGUGAUAAUUGUGAUGAUGAUACAAGUAAUACUAUUCCACGAUUUAGAAGAGCAAUAAAUAGUAAUAAAUAUACUAAAGCUUUUAAUAAUUACAGUGUAAUUGAAGAAACUUUUGAAAAAGAUUCGUUUGAUAGUAUGGAGAUUCUUGACAAGAAUAAAGAGUCAUUAGUACAAAUGAUUGAUUUUGUUGAAGAUGAAACAAAAAAACUUAAUAAAAUUAUACGUCACAUAAAUAAACGUGUUAAAAAACUUAAAGAAAUAACAUUAGGUAUUAAAGAAAAUAAAAAUAUGAAAAAGAAAUCAGAAUAUAAGCAUAAGAAUAUAAUAGCAGAUAAGCUAAACAAUGCUGAUGAGUAACAAGAAAAUUGCUAGUCUUAGAAAUAAUUCAAUUGAACUAAACUGUGCAGCAUUAUUUUAUCUAUUAAUUUAAAAAAUAUAUUUAUUGUUUUUCAGAGCAAUUAUUAAUACAAUGCAUUUUAACUAAGUAAAGUAUCAUAAGUAUAAUAUAUAUUAUAAGAUGCUUUUUUUACUUUUACUAAAGUACUCAGUGAAAUUAUCUUGCCAUGUAAACUAUUUUGCAGCUUACACUUUGUAUCAUAAAAUUACUAAACGUUUGAUAUCCUUAACUUAUUUAUAAGUCUUUUACCUCUUUCAAUAAUAAUUUUACUUUUAAUUUUGAUAACAACUACAUUACGUUUGUAUCA